AUGGCCAUUGCAUUGAGCAUCGUCUGCGCCUUUACCGAAGCCCACCUCUCCAACAUUGACCUGCGCCCGCACGUCAUUUACGCCUCGGUCAUGGCUUACAACAUAAUAUACGGCUUGACCUGGGGUCCCAUACCAUGGCUUCUUCCGGCCGAGAUUUUCCCCCAGCGCGCGCGCAGCAAGGGCAUGGCGCUGUCGACGUGCUCCAACUGGAUCUUCGACUUUGUCAUUGGCAUGUGGCGCCCGACGCUUUUGCCGGGAGUGGCGGCUGCUAUUACGUCGUGA